UUAUGCUAAGUGAAAUAAGCCAGACACAGAAGGACAAAUAUUUAAUGAUUCUGCUUGUAUGAGGUUUGUAGAACAGUCAAAUUCAUGGAGAUAAAAUGUAGUUCUAUCUCCUGAUCAGAACAGUGUUGCCCCUUCCGCCGUGGCAGCCAUUGAGGAGCGGCAGCCAUGGCUCUGCGCUACCCCAUGGCCGUGGUGGGCCUCAGCACGGGCCACAAGGUGACCAAGAACGUGAGCAAGCCGAGGCACAGCCGCCGCCGCAGACGCCUCACCAAGCACACCAAGUUUGUGCGGGACAUGAUCCGGGAGGUGUGCGGCUUUGCCCUUUAUGAGUGGCGGGCCAUGGAGCUGCUCAAGGUCUCCAAGGACAAGUGGGCCCUCAAGUUCAUCAAGAAGAGGGUGGGGACACACAUCCGUGCCAAGAGGAAGAGAGAGGAGCUGAGCAAUGUCCUGGCCGCCAUGAGGAAGACGGCAGCCAAGAAGGACUGAGCCCUUCCCCUCUAUGCACAAUAAAACUUUUCCAGAAAAAAAAAAAAAAAAAAGAACAGUGUUGCCAGC